AUGCCUGAACAAACUCAAAUUCCUCAUGUACUUUGGGCUCAACAACGUGAAACUGUUCUGUUAACAAUUGCUGUGCCUGAUAUUGAAAAAGUUGAUGUUAAAUUUGAAGAAAAUUCAGUUAGUUUUCACGGUCAAACAACAUCAACUAAUGUUAAAGAUACACAUGUCUAUGCUGUUAAAAUUGAUUUAUAUGAAAAAAUUGAUCCCAAUGCUUGUAAAUAUGAAAAUAUUGGUCAAAAAUAUUGGCGUUUAUUAUUGAAGAAGAAAGAUACAAGCGUUGCAUUUUGGCCACGAUUAACAAAAGAAAAACAAAGUUUAAGAUUGUUUUUAAAUAUAAAAACAAAAGAUAAAGCACGUUUACAUUGGUUACAAACUGAUUUUAAUCAUUGGAAAGAUGAAGAUGAAAGUGAUGAGGAAAAACCAGGAUUUGGUGGAAAUUUUCAAGAUAUGUUCUCUGGAGGCAUGGGUGGAAUGGGAGGCAUGGGUGGAAUGGGUGGCAUGGACGAUAUGCCAGGUAUGGGUGAUGAUUCUGAUGAUGAAGAAGGUGCUUCAGAUGAUCAAGAAGCAACACCAAUGGCCUCUGAAACCACUACCAAUGCUGAAAAUAGUCAAGAAUCAAAGACACCAAAAAAAGAACAAGAUGAUGAUGAAAAUUCAGCUACGGAAACAAAAACAGCUGUUCAGGAAUCAGCUAAGAAUGAAUAA